AUGGUCUACAAUGGCAAGCCGAGCAUGGGAUGCCGCAAUUGUCGGCAGCGGCAUAUCAAGUGCGAUGAGGCUCGGCCCCAUUGCAGGGCAUGUACACGAACAGGUCGUGCAUGUCCAGGCUAUCCGGAUCCGUUUGAUGUGAUGCACCGGGACCACACACCGUCCUUCAGGAAGCCCCAACCACUGCCAUAUUCUCCUGCCACAUCGGGCGGUGCAACCAGCCCGGACAAGGCCUUACCCGAUCUUCCGUCAAAUCUCUUAGUCUCAAGGCGGGCUCCCUCCAUGAGAGCAUUUCCAAUGGCAAGCGGACCCUGGCCGCCAUCGUUGCCCCCGGGUCUUUGUCAACCACUGGAAGACACCGUGGUUCCAAUUUUCUUUAAUUGCUAUCUAUACCUUCAAAAGGAUCCCCACAUUCGCAAUGGCUUUAUGGAAAUCCUGCCGCAAAACUACUCACACACCCAGCCAAAUUCACAUCUCCAUGUCAGCACAUUGGCUAUUGCAUUCUUCUCGGUGGCGGCCUGGACUGGUGAGGCUUCUCUGCUUCGUGCGUCGGAGCAGUAUUUUACCAAAGCAUUACCUAAAGUCCGGGAGGCGUUACAGGACAACGUUGAUGGUGAACUAGAUGACAUUCUUUUAUCAAUUCUUUUGCUUUCGACUUACGAGGAAUUCAUUGCAAUGAGAGAUUGGAAAUUGCCCAUGAAAGCCCAUCUGAGAGGUGCGAUCGCCUUGAUCAAUAACCGUCGAUCGAAGCGGCUCGAGACUCCAUCUUCGUCGAUUAUCGAUCAUUCCAUUCAGACACAGAUUAUCAAAACCACACGCGGUUUGUCUAAUCCCAUGGUCCCGACCCCAAAAGUAUGGCCUCUCUCCCGGCCAAAGCUCCCGCCAGCACCCCGUCCAAUGCUUGCCACAGCCGCAUCAGAGCUAGUUGAUUUGCGACAUGCCUGGGAUAGCAUGAUGGACAAGUCACCGAAUGAAGACACCGCAACAGCUAUCCUAAAUAAGGCAACCGAUAUCGACGUAAGCCUCGCUGCCUGGUCACAAUCAGUUCCACCCCACUGGGCGCCCGUUGCAGCCGUCCUGAUUCCCCAAUCCGUCCGCGAUGCAGGCCUCUACCGUCAUCGCUGCGACUGCUACUCCGACAUGUGGAUUGCCACCACAUGGAACACGUACCGCGAAUGUCGCAUCGUAGUACAAAUCAUCAUUCUCAACUGUCUUCGCAUAUUAUCGUCAUCCCAGGAUGUGGAUGGAUCCAGAGCCGCAUCUGUGAUUGCAACGGCACAUGGCCUCGUCGAUGAUAUCUGUGCGACAGUGCCUUUCUUCCUAGGCAGCCAGCUUGAGUCGGUGCGCAUGAAGUUCGGACUCGUCGAGUACCCGUCUGCAGAAACGCGGCCUGUUACUCUCACGCACAAUCAUACUGCUCCGUUGAUAGGUGCGUGGUUCGUUAUGCCUUUUCUCCGGAAUUUGAAGGCUUCGAGCUUAGGUUUGCCUCAGGAGCAGUUGGAUUGGUUACAGCGGCAGAUGGAGCGGAUUUUGUUCAUAUACUUCCGGCAGUAA